AUGACUAUAGCUAUAAUCGCUAUCAUGCUUGGAGGCGCAUCUUAUCGCUCUGCUCACAAAAAAGAUACAGAUAAAGUGAACCCUUUAGAAGGAUUAACUAAUGGUUUAGUUGCCGCUGUCAAAAAUUGUAAGGUUGAAGACGUAAAUGUUGUGCUGGGGUUUGUUCCGGCAUGGAUAUUAUGGUUAACAUAUCCAUUAGUGCACUCUCAAGUUCUUACCUUCUUUGUUAAGCAGGGCAGCACUAUGGAAAGGUCGAUCGCACCAGACUUUCAGGUACCUGCAGCUUCAAUUCAAAUCUUUCUCACCGUAUCCAUCAUUCUGUUUGCGGCAACAUACAACCGGAUCUUCACUCCACUUACUCGAGCUUUUACUGGAAAAUCUAACGCUAUAACUUCACUUCAGAAAAUUGGUGGUGGAAUAUUUGUUUCUGCAAUAACAAUGGUUGUAGCAGGUUUAGUGGAGAACAGAAGGCUUAAAGUUGCUCAAGAAUUUGGAUUGGUUAAUGAUCCAAACGCAAUAGUUCCUAUGGUUAUCUGGUGGUUGAUUCCACAAUACAUCUUGUCAGGUCUUGCUCUUGUACUCACCAAAGUCAGUUUACAGGAAUUCUUCAACGAUCAAGUUCCCAGUGAGCUAAGGAGUCUGGGUCGACUGUCCCUGUACUCGUGCAUAUUUGGAAAAGGAGAUCUCUUCAGUUUCAGUCAUAUAUCAGUCAUUCAGAUGGUAACUAGUGCAGAUGGUCAACUCGGAUGGCUUGCGAACAACAUGAAUCAAGGGCAUCUAAACUACUUCUAUUGGUUUCUAGCUGGACAUAGUGCAAUCGAGCUGGCUGCAUUCUUAUGCUUAGCAAAAUCAUAUGCGUACAUUGUAAUCGUGGACUAA